ACGAUGCUCUCAGUUUUCAUCAACCGGGGAAACAAUAAAAACGGGAGACUAGGCGAGGCUUUGGUUUAUCGAGACAGACAUCUUCGCAUCGAGUAGACAAAGGGGAAGCCGUGAGAGACCUGUGGGAGUGUCCGUGUGCGUGUGUGUUUCCUGUGUGCCGGGGGCUGCUGCUGUAGAGCUGGGCUCGAACAGGACAGGGCGGGGUGAUGUUUAGGUUCCGGUAUAAAGGCAGCGAGAAAAUGGGAACCAGACGAGAUGUGGAGCCGGCUGCAGACGCUGUCGUUUUAUACCGAAGACUAGAAUGAGAAGUUUACCGUCCUGGUUUAACAGGGCGGCGCUGUAACCGUCUGGGGAGGCCGCUUGCGGGAGAGAAGCGUGUCUCUGCGGCACCCCUCCGCCCCCUGUCCACCAAUAAGAUGAGGACGGUAUUUACAUUCUGUUGUCUCUUCCUUAUUGCUGGCGGAACGGAACGGGCGUGGGCCACCGGAAAUCUGACUGUCGACAACAGUAACGACACCAACCUGACGGCCGACAGCAGCAGCAGGUAUAUCACAAUCGGGGACGAGUCAUCGCAGGAAUUUGAGUUUCCUGAAAACACCAACGGCGUGAUUGUAAUCUCCAGCCAGUACCGGAGCUCCGCGGCGAACAGGAAGGGCCGCCAGAGCUCGAAGCAGACGGUGACAGUCCGUUCCCUGGACCCGGAGGUCCUCUCUAUACUUAACGUGACGGAUAGCGGCCACGCAGGAACAACCAAGAGCUACAUUAUCAACAUUCGCUCCGGGUUCCCAGGCAGGGCGCAGCUACAGAUCCAGCUGAUGGACCUGGACCAGGAUUCGAUGCCGGUUCUGAUCGAAGAGAGAACGGAUUACUCCAUCAGAGUGGCGCCUGGUAAUGAUGACCCGGCCACCCGGCUCAUCCAGUCGGGUGGCCUGUCCCAUUUCUCUGAGAACCCUGUGCUGUUUGCCUUGCUGCCCCUCAUCUUUGUCAACAAGUGUGCAUUCGGGUGCAAGGUGGAGGUGGAGGUGCUGCGGGGUCUUCUAAAGAGCCCAGUGCCACUCCUCCUAGGGGUUCUGGGUCAGUUCCUGGUGAUGCCAUUGUAUGCCUAUUGUGUAUCCCGGCUGGCCAACUUGCCCAAAGCGCUCUCACUGGGCCUGGUCAUCACCUGCUCUGCCCCAGGUGGUGGUGGUGGUUACCUGUACAGCCUGCUGCUCGGCGGAGACGUCACCCUGGCUAUAUCCAUGACCCUGGUCUCCACAGUGGUGGCAGCAGCAGCCAUGCCUUUGUCAUCAGCUCUGUACGGUCGGCUCUUGGGUGUGCACGCUGCCCUGCACGUGCCGUUUGUGAAGAUCCUUGGCACCCUCCUGUUCAUCGCCAUCCCCAUCUCGUUGGGAAUGCUGGUCAAGCUUCGCCUGCCCGCCCUCACACGGGUCCUGCUGGCACUCAUACGGCCCUUCAGCUUUGUGCUCAUCAUAGGUGGAAUCUUCAUGGCCUACCAAAUGGGCGCGUCCAUCCUGGCCAAUGUCAGGCCUCAGAUUGUGGCAGUUGGGGUAACGGUGCCUUUGCUAGGGCUGGUUGUUGGGGCCGUCCUGGCCAAGCUGGCGGGCCUGGCUCCACCGCUGAGGAAGACUGUCAGCAUCGAGGUGGGCGUCCAGAAUAGCCUGCUGGCCCUUGCCGUCAUGCAGCUGUCCUUUCGCCGGGUGGAGGCUGACUUUGCGUCCCAGGCGCCCUUCAUCGUGGCCCUCAGCAGCACCUCGGAGAUGCUGCUCAUAGUUCUGGGUUACUUUGCCCAGCGGAGGUUGUGUGGGUCUGCCGUCCCCAGGAGUGACGCCUGAUUGUAGCCAAAGUUUUUUGUCUGAACUGUUUUGAAGAAUAAACCCUUUCAAACCUGCGGAAAUUUGAUGUCCCACAGUCUUGGCUACAAGACUCGCAACAAUCACCAAUCCAGUCAUCACUGUUGUGGUACACAGGACAGUGAAUGAACUUUUUGUGUUUUGUUGUCGUUUUCGUAUUUUACAUGAAAACCAAAGGCCUUUUACCCCUCUGAGACCUUUCGUUUGUGUUUAUUUUACAGUAUGUACUUUUUAAAAUCAGAUUAUACUGUGAGGUACUCAAUGUAAAUAUUCAUAAGAAGAGACAUACCUAUAAAAGAAAAGAUAUUUUUGUACCAGAUUACUUUUUGUAAUCAAAAAGCAAAGAUUGAUUUGCAUCAUGUUUACAUGAGGUCCAUGUGUCUUAGCCUGGGGGAGAAUUUGGGGGUUAUGUGGAAUCGUUUGUAAAUCAAACCGGAACAUGAUGAUGUUAUGAAAGUAUUUGCUACUGAUUGUGUUUCCUGGGUCUGCGAAUCCAUGUACUUGAAUAUUAGAGAAGAGAAAUUAAGAAAAAGUAAAUAAAAAUAUUGUUAAAGCAGGCUUCAGUUUGUUAAGAGUGUGGUGUGCCAAGAGACUCGUCUGGCUCUCUCAGCACUGACCUGUUAGUCUGUUUGUUGUAUAAAGAGUGUUUACCUAGAACACCAACCUGAGACUAGUUUGGCUUUUGCACACAGAUUGUUGUAAAAUGGUAGUUCAGCGUUUUGCAUAUUUAAAGAGCAGCUUCAUAGUAUGAUGAAAUUCCGAUGUGGAUUAUUUUUUGGCCUAUCAAAUUUCUGAUAUUUUUGGUUUAAAACUACCAGUUCUCACAUUAUGUAUUUAAAUGUCAACAUUCCAUUGUGUCUUCUUUGACUGUAGUCUGAAACUGCAGCUUCACACUCAUGAGAAACUAAACUCUCCAUUGAAACCUGGAGGAAACACAAAUGCCACAAACAUGAUUUAGUGGAAUCAAAUGUUCUUAUAGUUUUUUCCCCUACAGGCUACAUGUGUAGUAUUGUGUUAGAGUCAGACAAAAAGUAGCUUAAUCAACAAAUCACACAUGGCUUUACUGACUGGACUACAUUUUAAAGAUUCAGUACACACACAAAAACAAAUGUUCUACUUGGUUUUGGAUUUAUGCUGAACUUUUAAAAUAACUUAUUCUGCCUCCCCAAUACCAUUGGUGGAAAGUAACUAAGUACAUUUGUUCAAGUAUGGCACCAGGAACAGUUCUGAGGUAAAAUAGCCUUAAUCCACUCCACCUGGUAAUGAUUGUAAUGAUCAUCCAAUGGUGUAAUAUAGCGGUCUAACUCUGACAUACUCCAUUUCGACUAAGUAUAUUUUAAUGUUAAGACCUAAGUACAGUUUUGAAUGCAAGAAUCUUACUUGUAGCAAAGUAUUUUUACAAUGGAGGUGAAUUGAAUGUGGUGAAAAGCUCAACAUUAAAAUGUCUUUUCAGA